GAGUUAUGGGCCGCGAUUAGGCGAAUGGCUAUGGUAGAAAGGGCGCCUAACAGAGGCAGAGGGCAGCGUUUUCCGUGGUACGCCGCCCUGUCAAAAUCCAAAUCCUGCCCUUCGCUCUCUCCUUCUGAUCAAUUUAAUAUUUAUUGCGAUCUUAUUCCACUAUAAUUGAAACGACGUCAUCCCCUCACCCAUUUCCAAUCCCCUCUCUCCCUUCUUCUUUAUUGCUCCCGCAAAUGUGGGGAUAAGCAGUUGAGUUUUGACAUGUUCAAGUUUUGUCAGCAUCCGCUUGAUUCGGGAUAUGUGCGCACAUACGUAUGAAUAUACGCUAACGUGGUGUAUUUCUACGUAUGAGGUGUUGGAGGUGCUAUCUGAGCAGUUGAUAUCUUCCUCUCCGUGACUAUUUAAAGCUCGUGUCUCCAAUUUUCUGGCUUUUUCAGCUUCUGGCUUGGAGUCGUUCGCCUACAAAAAAAAAAAAAAGAAAAAUGUUUGACAAAGACUUUUUCACUGAAUAUGGUGAGGCAAGUCAAUAUGAAAUAAAGGAAGUAGUUGGCAAAGGGAGUUAUGGUGUGGUUGCAUCUGCAAUAGAUACUCACACUGGAGAGAAGGUAGCUAUUAAGAAGAUGACCAACAUCUUUGAGCACACCUCUGACGCUACACGCAUUCUUAGAGAGAUCAAACUCCUACGGCUGCUGCGACACCCAGAUAUAGUUCAAAUAAAACACAUAAUGCUUCCUCCAUGUAGAAGAGAAUUUAAAGAUAUAUUUGUUGUUUUUGAGUUGAUGGAAUCUGAUCUUCACCGUGUUAUAAAGAUAAAUGAUGAUCUAACCCCUGAACAUCAUCAAUUUUUCUUGUACCAGCUUCUUCGAGGUUUAAAAUACAUUCACACAGCACAUGUUUUCCAUAGAGAUUUAAAGCCAAAAAAUAUACUUGCUAAUGCGGACUGCAAACUGAAGCUUUGUGACUUUGGACUCGCUCGGGUAUCGUUUACUGACGUUCCUUCUGCUAUUUUUUGGACUGAUUAUGUGGCGACUCGAUGGUAUCGAGCUCCUGAACUGUGCGGUUCAUUUUUCUCCAAGUACACUCCUGCUGUUGAUAUUUGGAGCGUUGGAUGUAUAUUUGCUGAGUUGCUUAAGGGAAAGCCAUUGUUUCCUGGGAAGAAUGUGGUGGAUCAAUUGGAUCUUGUCACUGAUUUGCUUGGCACUCCCUCUGCUGAAACAAUUGCAAGGAUUCGGAAUGAAAAGGCUAGAAAAUAUUUGAAUAGCAUGAGAAAAAAGAAACCAAUUCCUUUCUCAGAAAAAUUUCCAAAUGCUGAUCCAAUGGCCCUAAAUUUGCUUAAGCGUCUGAUUGCAUUUGAUCCUAAUGAUCGUCCAUCUGCUGAAGAGGCAUUAGCUGAUCCAUAUUUCCAUGGAUUGGCAAAUUUGGACAAUGAACCAUCCAUGAAACCCAUUUCAAAAUUUGAGUUUGAAUUUGAAAGAGGGAAAUUGACGGAAGAUGACGUCAGAGAGCUAAUUUACAGAGAGAUAUUAGAGUACCAUCCACAGAUGUUGCAGGAGUACCUUCAAGGCAAAGAUCAAAUUAGCUUCAUGUAUCCAAGCGGAGUUGAUCAGUUCAGGCGACAAUUUGCCUGUCUUGAGGAAUACGGCAAAAAUGAAAGAGGCAUUCUGCUCCAAAGGAAAUAUACGUCUUUGCCUAGAGAGCGAGUUUGCAAUGAAGAUACUGAUGAACAAUCAAAAAAGCGUACAGUGGCUUCUGCUAACCGUGCAACACUUCAAAGCCCUACAAAGUUGCAGGGAUCUGGGGAAUGGGAAUGUGCAAACCAAAAUGUUUCAGGGAUUCAUAACGCCUCUGCCAAACCUACACGCAGUGCUCAUCGCCUGUUGAGAAGUGAUAGCAUCAGUGCUUCAAGGUGUGUCGGUGUCAUUCGAAAACCUCGUGAGGUGCACAAUGAAGUACAGAAAGUGGUAGCUUAAUGUGCUUGAUAACGUGCGCUUGACAAAGAUAAUCUGCGGUGCUUUGUUUUCUUUUGCUAGGUCAACAACUCUCCUUCCAAGGUUCAUAAUCUGUCUUCUUAGGCCAUAAAAUUGUGGAAAGUUACUUGAGCUCUUGAAUUAUUAUUGGCUCUUUAAUGAACUAGUGUGUGGUGACCCUGCUGAUGUAGCAUGUAGCUGUUAUUUAUGAUUCUUCAGAGGAAGUUACUUACCUGUUUGCCUUUUAAGUUUAACAAAUUAUUUACUCAUCCCAAUGACAGCAACUUAAGGGAGGCAAUUCUUGUGGUCAUGAAUUGGGCCAUUAUUGUAAAGAUAAAAGCUUAUUUGCAGUCGAUAUUCAAUAGUUAACUAGGAUUCAGCAACAUUUUCACACGAUUCAAAA